UUGGAAACACGUAAGAAAGAGAUAAAUAUUUUCCCAAAAUAAAAUGUUUUCUUACUGUUAGUUCUUCUUUUUUUAUCUCAGCCAGCUUCGUUGCCUUUUAUCAGCUUCAUCAUUAUCAACUUUUAGACUAAUUAACCAAAAAAAAAAAAGAAUUUUGAGUUCGCCAUUAAAGAACAACAUCGAGUACUUUGUGUUCGUGCAUUACGACAUAGACAAAAGGUUAGGCACAUUUUAUCUUUGUAUGGGCUUUUCUUGAAAAAAAAUAUAAUUUGAGGGGAAUCUUUUUCAAUUUGUGUCUUUUGGUGUCUAUAAGGAUCCCCAAACGCUUCGUUGUCUGUUUUCUCUGUAGAUAACCUAAAUAAUUAAGUCUUUUGAGAGAGAAAAGAGAGAGAGAGAGAGAGGGAUUGCGAAGAUGUUGGAAGGAAAAGCAAUGGUGGAAGAUUCAGAUAUGCCACUGAAGAUGCAGGCUCAAGCCAUGUCUUUUGCUUCUCAAGCUCUUGAUCUAUUUGAUGUCAUUGACUGUAAAUCCAUUGCUGGCCACAUCAAGAAGGAGUUUGAUGAGAUAUAUGGGAGUGGAUGGCAAUGUGUGGUGGGAUCAAACUUUGGGUGUUUCUUCACACAUUCUAAAGGCACAUUCAUCUAUUUUCAACUGGAGACCCUCAAGUUCCUAAUUUUCAAAGGCGCUUCUACUCCUUAACAAAAGAAAACCCUAAUGACGAAGAGCCUUCUAUGAAAAUCUGUCUGAAAAAGCUUGAAGAGCCUAUCAUGAUCUUUUAUUUUAUUUCUGCUCUUUGUAUCUUUGUUUAAAAUCUAGCUAGGUCUGUGAAUAGAUCCAAGAUGGGAUUGGUUUCAAUGAAGAUGUGUUGGCUUUUGGGUGAUCAGUAAAAGUGCAAUGUACAAGAUCUUUAAAUAUCUUUUUCAUUGAAUUGCAC